AUGUUGGAGGCACGCAUCAAAGAAGGUCCCAAGGCCGAUCUAGAGCCGUACCUAGCAGCUAUAGCUCAGCUGGAAGAGAACGUGCGGUGCUCUGAGGUGCUCCAACCGGUGAAGGGCGCCUGGCAGUUGGCUCUAGCUGACUCCCAGGCGCUGCUGAAGGAGGCCCAUCACCGCCUGAAUGCUGCUUUCAAGCAGCAGCUGCAGCAGUGCACCAAGGCUGCGGACCCAGCAAAGCUAGCAGAAGCGAUGAAGAAGGCCGAGGAGGAGGGCAGGGGGCUGCCGGUGCUGCUGGCGAAUAGAAAGGCAGGGGAGCGCAUCCGCCAGCUGGCAGAGGCGCUCAUUCGGAUUGGCCGGGCCGAUAAUUGCCUCAAGAUAUACACCAACAUGCGUGGCGCCGCGGUGAAGGCAGGGUUUAAGCGCAUGGGGAUGGAGGAGCUCACGCGCGAGCAGAUGGACGGCAUGGUUUGGACGGAUCUGGAGACGCGCGUUGAGGGGUGGUGGAAGCCGCAGAUCAAGGCUGUGGAUGUGGUUUUCAAGGCGGAGAGGCAGCUGUGUGAGACGGUCCUUGCAGGGUUGGAGCCGCACACAGGCAAGGCGUUUGCGGACCUGGCGGGGACCACGCUGGGCAUGCUGUUUGGGUUUGGGGAGGUGGUGGCGAGCCAAAGAAUGCCAUUGAAUCAGGCCAAGAAGCUGAUGGAUAUGUUCGAAACACUGUUGAAGAUGUAUGAGACCAUGCAGACGCUCAUGCCACAGUUGGAGGUGGUAUUAGCGGGCAUGGCAUGUGAUGCCAUCCGGUGCAGCGCGCAGCAGCUGCUGCAGCGACUAGCAACGACGACCAAGGAGGCAUUUAACAACCUUGAGCUAGCAGUGGCGAGCGAUGAGAAUUAUAACAUGCCGCGCGAUGGCACCAGGCAUGAGCUCACCAGCCACGUUGUUAACAACUUCAACUAUCUCAAUGACGGCUUCCAGCCCACCAUGGAAAAGCUCUUCAGCACUGGCAGCAGCAACUUCAGUGAAACUAUGAAGCGGGUAUUUGCAGCGCUUUACACCAAUCUGGUGAGGAAGAGCAAGCAGGACGACGAUGCGGCGCUCGCAGAGUUCUUCCUCAUGAACAACGUGCACUACAUCGUGGAGCGCGUGGUGAAGUUUAAGCUGAACGAGGUUGUGGGGAAGGAGUGGGUCGACCAACAACGUUGCAUCGUGCAGCAACACGCAGUGGCGUACCUUCAGGUGUCGUGGAGCAAGGUGAGGAGGCGAGGAAUUUGCGGGAAGGAGGACAAGGGCGAGGUGAGGGUGGAGUGCAAAUGCAGCAUCGAUUCGUGGAAAAGCAUAGGCACCUGCAACUUCCACUCCCUCCCUUACGCCCGCCAGAUUCAUUCACAACUAAAGCCGGCAGGGCUGUUAGAGGAGGGCAUGGAGAGCAUUGCACGCUGCAACGCUGUCAAGGAGAGGUUCCGCGUCUUCAACGCCACGUUUGAGGAGCUGCAUCGCACGCAGUGCAUGUGGAAGAUUCCCGACCCUGAGCUGCGAAAGGCCCUGCAGGACAAGAUCUCCAGGUUCCUGCUUCCCAAGUACCGCUCCUUUCUGCAGUGCUGCACCCCGCUGUUGGACAGUGGCAGGCGCUUAGGCGGCAGCAGCAGCAGAGAGGAGGCCAGCAAGCACAUUCACUUCAUCUCACACCUUUCUCUUGUCUCUCUCCAUCCUCUCCCCUCUCCCCCCAUCAGCCCGCUGUUGGACAGUGGCAGGCGCUUAGGCAGCAGCAGCAGGGAGGAGGCCAGCAAGCACAUUCGCUACACGGCUGAAGACCUUAGGGUGCUGCUCGGGGAGUUCUUUCGGGGGAAACCCGCACCAACCUCAGCCCAGCCCGAGGCCCGCACCUCGGUUUCUGCGCGAGGACUAAAGCCGAGUGCCGCUCUCAAGCCCUCUGCAGCACCGAGCCCGUCGCCCAACCACCUCUCGUCAGACUUCUCUGGUCGCCGCGUCGUCGCAUUGCCGAAAGCGACCGUUUCGCGCAACUCGCGUGUCGCACGUCGCGGCGUCGUGAGAAUGGGGCUGACGGAGAACGGCCCGUCGGUGGCGGUGGUGGGAGUGACGGGCGCGGUGGGCCAGGAGUUUCUUCAGGUGCUCGCGCAGCGCGACUUCCCCUACAGCUCGCUCAAGAUGCUCGCCAGCUACCGAUCCGCCGGGAAGAAGUUCGACUUUGACGGCCGCACGUUCACGGUGGAGGAGCUCACAGAGGAGAGCUUCAAGGGCAUCGACAUCGCGCUCUUCAGCGCCGGCGGUUCCAUCAGCAAGAAGUUUGGGCCGGCGGCGGUGGCGGAGGGCACGAUCGUGGUGGACAACAGCUCCGCUUUCCGCAUGACGGACGGCGUGCCGCUCGUCGUUCCCGAGGUGAACCCCGAGGCCAUGGCGCACAUCAAGCUGGGCGGCGGCGGCGCCAUCAUCGCGAACCCCAACUGCUCCACCAUCAUCUGCCUCGUCGCCGUGACGCCCAUCCACCGCCGCGCCAAGGUGAAGCGCAUGGUGGUGUCGACCUACCAGGCCGCCAGUGGCGCGGGCGCGGCCGCCAUGGCGGAGCUGGAGCUGCAGACCAAGGAGGUGCUAGAGGGCAAGCCACCCACCACCACCAUCUUUGGCCGCCAGUACGCGUUCAACCUGUUCUCGCACAACUCGCCCAUGACAGGCAAUGGGUACAACGAGGAGGAGAUGAAGAUGGUCAAGGAGACGCGCAAGAUCUGGAGCGACCCCUCAGUGGCGGUGACAGCCACGUGCAUCCGAGUGCCGGUGAUGCGCGCCCAUGCAGAAAGCAUCAACCUAACAUUGGAGGAGCCGCUGUCUGAGGUGGAGGCGAAGGAGAUUCUGAGCGGUGCAGAGGGGUUGUUCCUCAUUGACGACCGUGACACCAACACCUUCCCCACGCCGCUUGAUGUAUCCAACAAGGAUGACGUGGCGGUGGGCCGCAUUCGGCAGGACAUCUCGCAACCCAACAACAAGGGGUGA